AUGGGUGCGAAACACGAGACUUUGGCCGAGCUUGAGCGUGGCAUUUCCAAGCCGGACUUCGUGGACUCAGUGCAUGAGGCCAUGGUGCCUCCUAGAGUGGGGCCAUUGCCACGUUCACCUCCGCAGGAGUACCUCGUGGUCAUUCCCACCUACCAGCGUUGGAAGCCCGUGAACGAGAUCUCCAGCGAACGAAAGUACAAGAACGACAAGCGGCCGUUCAUCCUGGUGAAAACCCUGGCGUUCCUGGAGCAGCAGAAGAUCGAGCCUUGUCGCGUCGUCCUCUGGACUGCUCCCGGCGAGAAGUCGGCCUACAAGGCCGCCCUGCAAUCCACAAUGUGGGAACAUGUGGAGAUCAGGGUCGGAGUGCAGGGAAUACGAGCCCAGCGCGUGCAGAUCGCCAAGUCCUACCGGGAAGGUACAUAUAUCGUAAGUCUCGAUGACGACCUCGAGAGAAUCAACUGGUGCCACAGUCCCAAGAAGUGCAUGCCGCUUCCGGAAGCUUGUUUCGAGAACCUCAUCUUCCACGCCUUCGGCCUCAUGAAGGAGCACAAGAGCUUCAUCUGGGGCCUGAACGCCUCGUCGAACCCAAACUCCAUGCCUAUUGAUGGAGUUUCGCGACGAUGUGGCGAGAUCAAUGGCUUUUGCUAUGGCUUCAUCAACAGGCAUGACGAUCGCCUGUGGCCAGCGGUGGACGACGUGAUCGAGGACGCAGAAAGAUCGGCGAGAUACUACCACGUGGACAACGUCAUCCUUCGGUAUCGCUUUCUCUGCGGCGUCACGCGGUGCUUCAAGGAGAGGGGAGGCCUGCAAGCUGAGUUCGAGGGCUCCACGUUGAAGGCGUUGAACCAG